AGAAGAGGUGUGCGUACUGUGCUCUUUGCUGUGUCUUGCCACAGUUUUAAAAGUAGGGCACUUGUUGAAGAACCCGUAUCAAAGUAUUGUGGCGACGCCUCGUGUUUAAUGUAAUUGAUGAACGGCGUGUUGUGAGUUCUGACGAGGACAGCUGAGUGAUGUUGUUGGUGAGCUUGGAUUAAAUCAUCUCUAAACAAAGAACUUGUCCUCGUGGUGACUGACUUGGGGAGUGGAGGUCAGUGAGCCCAUUGUCUCUGCUGGUCCGACUCCAACUACAAAGCCGGCCCGCUCGCCCCCUCCUGAGUCUGAGAGGAGAUCCAGAGAGAAAGAAGUGAAAGCAGGCCCAAACCUCAGCACAUGGAUGACAUCAACCAAAAACAUCCAGCACCAGAAAGUAAAGAUGAGCCAGCGGCGAUCCCUGUGGAAAAGACUUUUCCUGCUAUGAAGCAGAUCAGAAGACGCAAGCACGCCAACAGGGAGGACAGAAGCUUGAGCUGUGAUCAGUGUGGAAAGACCUUUACUCAGAGAUGCAACUUAAAAUCACAUCAGCUGAUCCACACCGGUGUGAAACCAUUCAGCUGUGAUCAAUGUGGGAAGACCUUUACUCUAAGAUGGAGCUUAAAAUUACAUCAGGUCAUCCACACUGGAUUUAAAGCUUUCAACUGUGAUCAGUGUGAAAAGUCUUUUACUCUGAGAUGCACCUUAAAAAGACAUCAGCUGAUCCACACCGGUGUGAAGCCAUUCAGCUGUGAUCAAUGUGGAAAGACCUUUAGUCUAAGAUGCAACUUAAAAAAACAUCAGCUACUCCACACCGGUGUGAAACCAUUCAGCUGUGAUCAGUGUGGGAUGUCUUUUACUCGAAAAGGUCACUUAAAGAGACAUUAUAUGAUCCAUGUUGGAGGUAAAUCAUUUAUCUGUGAUCUGUGUGGAAAGGCUUUUAUGGAUAGAGAUCACUUAGAGAGACAUCAGGGCAUCCACAGUGAAGUUAAACCUUUCACCUGUGAUCAGUGUGGAAAUUCUUUUACUCAGAAGAGCAACUUAAAAGCACAUCAGCUCAUCCACAGUGGAUAUAAACCGUUUGGCUGUGAUCAGUGUGGAAAGGCUUUUACUCAGAAGAGCAACUUAAAAGCACAUCAGCUCAUCCACAGUGGAUAUAAACCGUUUGGCUGUGAUCAGUGUGGAAAGGCUUUUACGUCUAUGACUGGCUUAAACUCACAUCAGCUCAUCCACUCUCGAGUUAAAUCAUUUGUAUGUGGUGACUGUGGAAAGGCUUUUACUCGUAUGACUAGCUUAAAAUCACAUCAGCGCACCCACUCUCGAGUUAAAUCAUUUGUAUGUGAUCAGUGUGGAAAGUCUUUCAUCCAUUACAAAAGUCUAUUGAGCCAUCAAAAGACCCACAAAGUGUCCUCCUGUGAGAAAAGUGGCAGACCAAUGGGACAUUACCCUGACGGGGUUCAUUUGAACACAGUGGGAGAAACGGGGGUUCUGAACAAAAGUUCUUCUGGAUGCUGCGUCAAACUUAAAAAGCUUGAGAUCAGGCUUCACAGAAUUCAGCUUUAAU